CAACAAUCCAAACCCGCAUGGCCCCUCUUUCCUUUCGGUUUAAUUCGUUUCCAUUGAUUCUCUCGCCGAUCGCACGUUAACUCAUUUCCCCACCGCUUGCACGCGCCACCGUCACCGCCAUCCUACGCCGGAAGAUGGGAAUUUCGUGUAGUAAACGACAACAGCAGCAGCAGCCGCAGCAACAAUUUCCACCGCCGUCUCUCUCGCAACUUCCGCCGCCGUCUCUCUCGCAAGUUCUACCGCCAGAGCAACCUCCAUCUUCAUCCAGUCCUCCUCCGCCCCUCCCUCCGCCUCCGCCGGCACUACCCUGCGUUGUUUUCAGAGCUAGUUCACCCUAUCCCGCUCCCUCCCAGAACCCUUAUUCCUCGAUCCCCGAUCCUUACACGCGUCAGUCCACAGGACCCUUCAAUCACGGCUACAAUCAAACCAACCGACCUUUUAUUUACCAUAACAAUUACCAUCCGUCCUAUUACCUACCACAAGCUCAUGGAUGGUAUGGGUCCCGCCCCCCUCCGCCACCGCCCUUGCCUGCCGUUCCCUAUGUAGAUCACCAGAACGCGAAGAAGAUCAAGAAUGACGUAAAUGUGCACAAAGAUACUAUAAAGCUAGAAGUUGAUAUGCUCAAUAAGGAUUGCCAUUUGGUGUCUUUUAUUUUCUAUGCAAUGGUGGAUGGAAGAAUGGGCAACAAGUUUCAACCUAACUCGUUGCCUUUAUUGGAAAAAUAGGCAACAAAACUACAAAAGCUAUUCAAAACAGAUAGGCCGAAAUUUUUAAAAAAGUCUGGCAGCUACUAUUCGGCUAAACAUCUGGAAAAUCACACGAACAAUCAUAGAACUCUGGCUGCUGCUUCCGAGGUUUUACGCGUCACGAACGGCUUGGCACAGCAGCUGCUUCUGAUACCUUUCUCCCAUCCGUGCUUCGUGUUUCAGAGGAUUCAAACUUCAGAGCUAAGAGCAUCAAAUGAAGAGCUUAAAGCAUCUAUUUCUCAAAUGAACAUUGACGCAAUGAAACGUGAAAAGAAUCUGAGGGAAGAUUUUACAAAAAUGUUCCAGGAAAUGAGGAGGGGGCGUCAUGGUUUUUAGUGAAAUCGUGUAUACUUCCGGUGGUACUUCAAGAGAUCUAUAUUAAGAGUCAAUUGACAGAUUUAUAUACUUGUCGAGUUCGAAGACUUUUAUUAUUUGUUUUUUUUUAUUUGUUUUUUAUAUCUUAAAAAGUUGUAAUUAAAUGAACAUGUGAUGAUGAGUUGAGAACUAGCAAACUUCUGCAUUGUCAUGUUUUGAUCAGUUUCAUGGAUUGACUAUGGAGACAUGGCAGCUAUAUGAAUUUCACAAAUGUAUAAAAAUAUUUCAUUUACUAUCAUAAUUUUGAAUUUGAUAAAAUGUAG